AUGAAACCGCGUGUUCUCACACAAGUGCUAUCUCAGAACGCAGCCAAAACCCCACUCGAAACCACCAAGAACACUCAUUUUCACCAUUGUUUCAGCAAAUCUAAAGAUGGGUAUCUCUAUUGUGAGGGUCUCAAGGUGGAUGAGAUUAUGGAAUCUGUUGAAAAAAGGCCUUUUUAUUUAUACAGUAAACCCCAGAUUACUAGAAACGUUGAAGCUUAUAAGAGUGCAUUGGAAGGGCUAACGUCUAUUAUUGGUUAUGCUAUUAAGACCAAUAAUAAUUAUAAGAUUUUGGAGCAUUUGAAGAACUUGGGUUGUGGUGCUGUGCUUGUUAGCGGAAAUGAGCUUAAACUCGCUCUUCGAGCUGGAUUUGACCCCACAAGGUGUAUCUUUAAUGGAAACGGGAAAAUCUUGGAGGAUUUUGUCUUGGCUGCCGAAGCAGGCGUGUUUGUCAACAUUGAUAGUGAGUUUGACUUGGAAAACAUCGUGGCUGCUGCAAGGAUUGCUGGAAAGAGGGUGAAUGUUUUACUUCGGAUUAAUCCUGAUGUUGAUCCACAGGUCCAUCCUUAUGUUGCCACCGGGAAUGAGAACUCUAAAUUUGGCAUUAGAAAUGAGAAGCUGCGCUCAAGAGAGAUCGAGGAAUGA